AUGUUGAACGCGUUGGAACGCUAUCGCGUAGACUUCGCGCAGCUGCAAGAUCAAAUCGAAGAGUGCGUAGGUAUAUCGCCGGACGAACAAGAAUGGGAGAGAGGGGAACACGAAGACAGUAUCGUACGAAUAGAAGCUCAUCUCCGUGAUUUGCAACUAAGUGUUACGGAGGCCGGUCAGGCCACAAUCGGGAAUGAUACGACCAUGGUAACCUCAAAUUCACGUGCGGCCUCUAUGGAUCUUAGUACACACGCUACGAUAAAACUACCUGAAAUCAAGAUCACAACAUUCGAUGGAGAAUGGGAAAAUUGGCUCAGCUUUAAGAACGUCUUCACUGAGCUCAUCCAUAAUAACCAGCAGCUAACGGAUGCUCAGCGUUUCUAUUAUUUACAAUCUUAUGUCAUUGCAGGUUCCGCCAAACAGUAUAUAGACUUGCCACUCACAGCGGAAAAUUAUUCAAUCGCUUGGAAACAACUCCGGGAUCAUUUUGACGAGUCAAGAAUCGUCAAGAAACACGUCAAGGGACUGUACGAAUUGAAGAAAUGCCAGGAAGACUCGGCACCAUCGCUUCAAACAUUAAUCGACGGCAUAUGGAAGAACUUUCACGCUUUAAAGGCGCUAAGGCAGCCCGUUGAUCAGUGGGAUGCAUUGCUAACGCAUCUCAUCCUGACAAAACUAGACGCAAGGUCGAGAGGCGAGGUAGAAAAGGCAGCGCCUUCCGACAGGCUGCAGACAUUCACGGAAUUGAUGACGUUACUGGCCGACCGCGUCAGAAUUCUCGAAGCCGUGUCGUCUGUGGAACCGAACAAGGCUAAAUCAAAGGUCGAUAAGUCAAGUAAGUCGUUAGUAGCAAUGAAUGCAUUGCCAUGUUCCAUAUGCAAAGGUGAGCAUGCUAUAUUCAGAUGUAAGUCGUUUUUGGAUAUGACUCCUCAAUUGAGGUUAGAAACCGUUCGCAAGCGUUCCCUGUGCUAUAAUUGUCUCACGUCUGCGCAUACCAAACAGGAUUGCAAGGCAGGGAAUUGUCGAAUCUGCCAUAAGCGUCAUCAUACGCUGUUACACUUAAAAACUAGUGCUAGCGUUAAUCAGUCUACUCCACAGGCAUCUAACGUUACUACCUCCUCCACGGAAACUGAUGCGUCGAAUGCUGGUCAGGAAAUUAAAACACAGCCCACAACGGCGUGCAGUCUGCAUGUCAAUUACGAUGUUAAGCCAGGUCCGGUUCUAUUGGCGUCCGCUAUUGUUAAGAUUCACGACAGUUGCGGACGAGAGUACCUAGCGCGGGCCUUAUUAGAUGGUGGGAAAACGGGGACGCUUUGGACGGGUAUCAACUGCACGAGGACAGCAACUAACACCUCCGUGCAUGCAACUAUCAGGUCUCGUCUGUCGAACUUUACAGCUUCCUCCGAGUUUCUGAUCACUGACAAGAUCACGGGUGAUCUACCACAGCAAGAAAUUACGGUCUUGAAGAUACCUAACCACAUGCAACUGGCGGAUCCUCACUUCAAUGUGCCGAACCGGGUUGAUAUCCUCAUCGGCGCAGAUAUCUUUUGGGAGUUGCUUACUG